CCGCUUCUCUUCCCCUUCACUGUCUCGGCGGCCACCGCAGCCCGACCAACCAUCCAUCCCAUAUCUCUCUCCGCCGAUGACUGCCGCGGUCUCCGGCGGCGGCCGGUGAGACCGCCGCCGCCGCCUGACGAACUUGCCUCCUCCGAGCGCGGAUGCUCGGGCAGCGCACAUGUCAGCUCUCCGUCUGUGCAAGGGAGCCGUCCAUUCGUCGCAGCCGGGGUGCCGCUGCUGGUGGGGGUUGUCGAGGUCGAGGAACCUUGUCGCCGCUGCUGCCGCGUCCUCCUGCGCUCCGAGAGGGGCUGCCGCCGUCGCGUGCUGCCGGAACAAGCAGCAGGGGAGCUUCCGCUUGGUGCGUUCGCCCCCUUCCUUCGGCAGAAGCAGCAGGGGGAUGCAAUGGGCCAUCAAGACUAUGGCAGACGACAAUCCAGACAAUUCAGGCAAUUGCACUCGGCUGUUUAAUGCAAUUCAAUCUUUUUUAAAGAAGUUGUCUGGCAAGCUGAAGAAAGUAAGUAGAGGGUUUCCAGUAAAGAUCCUAUUCUUCCUGAUAGGGUUUUACUGUGCCACGGCAUUUGCCACCGUCAUCGGGCAAACAGGCGACUGGGACAUACUUUCUGCUGGACUUGCUGUUGCCAUCGUCGAGGUUAUUGGCGCUCUCAUGUACAGGGCUUCCUUUGCGCUUCUUGGCAGGAUGAAGAAUAUGAUUUCCAUAUUCAAUUACUGGAAAGCCGGGCUCACGCUUGGAUUGUUCUUGGAUUCAUUUAAGUAUGAAGUGGAUGAACUCCUUGAAUCAUGUAGUCCGUUCAACUUUGAGAUUAAUAUAUUUACUGGGCUUUGGUAAAA